UAAAGGAGGAGCUCCCAAAAAAGGAAGAGCACCAGGCAACACACUGCUGCUUGCUCCUUUGUAUUCCGUUGCCAGACGUUUGGAUGUAGUAUCUGCUUUCAGGACCACUAUGUUCAGACACUGCUGCAGUCGUUUGAGGUCAGCUUUCAUCUUCAGCUGCCCGCCUUGGUUGUCUGUCUUCUUGUUAUGCACUGCAAGUCUCUUGAGCACAGAAUUGAAAUGCACACGAGGGAUGCAGGUGACGUCCACCAGCCCGCAGACCAUCCAGAAGGCAGAGGGAGAGAGUGUGACUCUGGGCUGUACUUACACACUGAGCCCUUUGGACACCGGAGAACUUGACAUUGAAUGGUCUGUGGUCAGUCCAGACACCACGCAGAAAGAUCAGAUGCUCAUGUUCUAUACCAGCGGCACUAAAUACGUCCAUGGUGACCAUGCUUUUGCAAAAGGACUCAGCUUUGCUGCUCGUGACCCCUCAGUGGGUGAUGCUUCGCUCUCAAUCUCUCUGCUGUCACCUGCUCAUAGUGCUACCUACCAGUGUAAAGUGAAGAAAUCACCGGGAGUGGACAUGCACAAGGUGUCACUGGUGGUAAUGGCGAGGCCGUCUGUGCCUAAAUGCUGGGUGGAGGGAGGGGAGCUGGUCGGCGAGGCUGUGUCUCUGCACUGCAAGUCUGCAAAAGGCUCCACUCCCUUAAAAUACACGUGGAGGAGAGGAAGUGCAGGCCCCAUCCCUGCUGCAGCCACACAGAACAGCGUGACUGGGGAGCUGAACAUCAGCAACCACUCGCAGAGUUUUGCAGGAAUCUAUCUUUGUGAGGUGAAUAAUGCUGUUGGAGCCGAACACUGCAGGAUCGACCUCAAAGCGAACAAACCUCCAAACAGAGCAGCGUUGAUAGUAGGCACCAUUGUGGGUUCUCUGCUCCUCAUCUUCAUCCUGCUGGUCUUCAUCGGGCUUCUAUACUGGAAAUUGAGCAACAGACAUUGCUAUGAAAAGGAUUUCUCCAAUGAGAUCAGGGAGGACGCUCCGCCUCCUGAGAGCCGCCCGGUCAGUCGCCAUACGAGCCGGAGCACCAGUCAGAAGGUGGGCGGGACCGAGGUGAGCUCUUUCAACGAAGGACCCACACACACUCCCUCCAGCAACAGCCAUGGACACACACUGGUCAAAUACACACCAGUCGAAUAUGACAGCAAGUAUGGAUACGCAGUCUGACGAUAAGAAACAGUGCUGAACUGAGAAGCAUUCAGCUCCAGUUGUAACGUUUGAAUAGAAGCAUCAAGACACUUUGGACAUUUGAAACUGAAUAUUUGGAGAAGUGUGAGUCUAAUGAACUGAAUUCAAAGCUGUGCAGUGUAAUGAUUUAAUAACAUUGUUCAUGUUAAUAACCUUAAGAUAAUCUUAGUCACAUAAGAACUUUUCUUCUUUUAUUACUAGGUAAUGUUUUUUAUAUCUAUACAUUUUGAAGAUCCUUCACAGACAGUGACAUUCACCUGCACGUUGAAUGAAAGAUAAUUAUUAUCUUCUAUAAUAUCUAUAAUUAUUAAAAAGAACUAAACUGUUUUCUGGAA